AUGAGAUGCUCAUUUGGUUCGAUCUGUUGCCAACCCUCACCCAACCUACCGCCUAAGUGUAUUGACAAGUGUGUCUUUAAGAGGUGUCCCGUUGGAUACCUGUGCUCCAAAGAUACAUAUGGCUCGCCAUAUUGUGCUUCGCAAUCCACUGUCACUUCCAGUAGCAGUGCCUCAACUACAGUGACCACCCAAUCGACCGUGGCCAGCACGACCUACACAUCGUCCGCCGUGACCCAAUCGACCGUGGCCUCAACCUCUGUCUCGACCCAGUCAACAGUGGCCAGUACAGUAGCCAGUACCGUUGCUAGCACCGUCGCAGGUGCCACCUCCACAACGGUUACCACAACGGCCACUACCACAUCCCCGGUCAGCACGAUCACUGCCACAACCACUGUGAGCACGACCAGCCAGCCACCAGUGACCUCGGGAACAGUAACCACCGGAGCAAUAACCUCCACCACUGUUAGCACCACUGCCACCACAACUGUGACGCCCACCAGCACCAUCACUGCCACAACUACAGUUACCACAACGACAAAGCCAACAAGCUCUGGUACCGGACCAAUUACCAUCUCCACCUCGGCCACCACCACUGCCACAACCACUGUUACCCCAACCAGCACCAUCACGGCCACAACUACAGUUACCACCACUGCCCAACCAACUACAUCAUCUACUGGACCAGUAACCAUCACUACCACGGCCACCACGACUGCGACAACCACUGUCACUCCAACCAGUACCAUCACGGCUACGACAACAGUUACCACCACUGCCCAACCAACAACAUCUACUGGAGCACCAUCCACGACCAGUACACCACCCCCAGGUACCUCUACUACUGCUCAACCAACAACAUCUUCUACGGGAACCUCUCCUCCAUUAACCACUACCGGAGUUACUCCUCCACCUACCACAACUUCUACUCCAACACCUACUCCACGUGGAGACCCUGAGAUCAAGAACCCUCCAGGCACAUACUCCCUCCAUGGUUAUGCCUUCUCAGACACAAACAAGAAUGGAGUUGACAAUUCUGGAGAACCAUACUUGGAUGGCAUGAAGAUUGAGUUGAUGGACGAGAGUGGCAAAAUUAUUGGCACCGGCUACACAGAUGCCUCCAAGGCCAGCAACGGAUACAAGUUCACUGGUCUGCCCGCUGGAAAGUACUGCCUGCAGAUGACCGCACCCCCAGGUUACAACAACGGUCCAAUGGGUACCCACAGCAAGUUCGACACCGCCACUGGCAAGCACUGCUUCGACCUCAACAACCAGACCACCGACAACAACAACAACAUGUUGGUGCCAGGAGGAUUCACCAAGCCAAGCACCGGCAAGUACACCCUCCACGGCUACUCAUGGCUCGACAACAACAAGGAUGGCAAGGACGACAAGGGUGAGCCAUGGUUGGGCGGUAUGAACAUGGUCCUUACCGACAAGUCCGGAAAAGAGAUCGGCACCUACACAACCGACGCCUCGCUCCGCACCAAUGGUUACAGGUUUGAGAACUUAGACGAGGGUGACUACUGCCUCAAGGCCUCCGACCCAUCUGGCAACUAUGCCAUCUCACCCAAGGGUACCACCAGCAAGUUUGAUGCCAACGGCAACUACUGCUUCCAUUUGGGCGACGCCACUACCAAUGACAAAAAAGAGAUGCUUGUGCCAGCCGGAUUCACCCCACUCAAGCCACCACCAAAGUACACACUUCUCGGAUACGCCUGGAUUGAUUCCAACAGCAAUGGCGAGGACAACAGGGGCGAGCCAUACCUGGGCGGCAUUGAUGGCACUCUGUACCGCAUGAACAAGGAUGAUAACGAGCUCACCGAGCUCCAGACAUUCACCACCGACGCCUCUGAGGGUGCCAACGGCUUCAGAAUCCCAGAUCUUGACAACGGUGCCUACUGUGUAAAGAUGAAGGACCCAACUUCUACCUACGCCCAUGGUCCCAUUGGCACCACCAACAAGUUCAACUCCAACGGAAUGCACUGUUUCUCUCUCGACGACACCACCACCAACGCCAACAACGAAAAGCGUGUUGAGGCUGGAUUCACUCCACUCAAGCCACCACCCAAGUACAAUAUUGAAGGAUACACCUGGAUUGACUCCAACAGCAAUGGUGAGGACAACAAGGGUGAGCCAUGGCUUGGAGGUAUCAAGGCUACACUACUCAAGCUGGACAAGGACUCUGGCGAGUACAAGGAGAUUGACUCCCAGGUCACAGACUCGACAAAGGGCAACAGUGCCGUCCGUUUCGAAGACUUGGAGCAAGGCGGUUACUGUGUCAAGUUGACCGAUGAGAGCGGAAACUACGCCCAUGGACCCAAGGGCGUGACCAACAAGUUCAACUCAUCCGGUGUCUACUGUUUCUCACUCGAUGAAAAGACCACCAACGGUGGCUUGAAGACCCACUACUUCAGAGGUGGAUUCACCCCACUCAAGCCACCACCCUUGUACAAUGUUGCUGGAUACUCCUGGAUUGACUCUAACAGCAAUGGUGAGGACAACAAGGGCGAGCCAUACCUUGGCGGCAUUGAUGUUACCCUACUCAAGUUGGACAAGGACUCUGGCGAAUACAAGAAGGUUGACACUCAGACCACUGAUGGAACCAAGGGCAGCAAUGACAUACUCUUUACUGAUCUCGAGCAAGGAGCAUACUGUGUCACGGCCAAUGAUGAGAGUGGAAACUAUGCACAUGGACCCAAGGGCGUCACCAACAAGUUCAACUCGACCGGUGUCUACUGUUUCUCUCUCGACGCCACUACUACCAAUGGUGACAAGAAGACCCACUAUGUCAGACCUGGCUUCACUCCACUCAAGCCACCACCCAAGUACAACAUUGAAGGAUACACCUGGAUUGACUCCAAUAGCAAUGGUGAGGACAACAAGGGCGAGCCAUGGCUCGGAGGUAUCAAGGCUACGCUUCUCAAGUUUGACAAGGACUCUGGUGAAUACAAGGAGAUUGAUUCCCAAGUGACUGACGCCUCCAAGGGCAACAGUGCCGUCCGUUUCGAAGACUUGGAGCAAGGAGGCUACUGUGUCAAGUUGACUGAUGAGAACGGAGACUACGCCCAUGGACCAAAGGGCGUGACCAACAAGUUCAACUCAUCAGGUGUCUACUGUUUCUCACUUGAUGCCAAGACUACCAACGGUGACUUGAAGACCCACUACUUCAGAGGCGGCUUCACACCACUCAAGCCACCACCCAAGUACAACAUCGAUGGAUACGCAUGGAUUGACUCCAACAGCAAUGGUGAGGACAACAAGGGUGAGCCAUGGCUCGGAGGUGUCAAGGCGACGCUUUUCAAGUUGGACAAGGACUCUGGAGAAUACAAGGAGAUUGACUCCCAGAUCACCGACUCGUCCAAGGGCAACAGUGCCAUCCAUUUCGGCGACCUGGACCAAGGUGGCUACUGUGUAAAGGCUGAAGAUGAGAAUGGAAACUAUGCUAAUGGACCAAAGGGCAUUACCAACAAGUUCAACUCGACCGGCUUCUACUGUUUCUCACUCGAUGGAUCAAAUACCAAUGGUGACAAGAAGACCCACUACGUCAGGGCUGGUUUCACCCCUAUUACCCCUCCACCCAAGUACAACAUCGACGGAUACACGUGGAUAGACUCCAACAGCAAUGGUGAGGACAACAAGGGUGAGCCAUACCUUGGCGGCGUCACUGCCACACUUCUCAAGUUGGACAAGGACACUGGUGAAUACAAGGAGAUUGACUCCCAGGUCACCGACUCUUCCAAGGGCAGCAAGGCCCUCCACUUUGGUGAUCUCGAGCAAGGUGCCUACUGCGUCAAGUUGGAGGAGGACAGUGGCAACUACGCCCAUGGACCAAAGGGUGUCACCAACAAGUUCAACUCGACCGGUGUCAACUGCUUCAGUCUCGAUGCCACCACCACCAACGGUAACUUGAAGACCCACUAUGUCAGAGGAGGUUUCACCGCCAUCAAGCCUCCACCCAAGUAUAAUGUUGAUGGAUACACAUGGGUUGACACCAACAGCAAUGGUGAAGACAACAGAGGUGAACCAUACCUUGGCGGUAUCAAGGCCACUCUUCUCAAGUAUGACAAGGACUCUGACGCCUACACCGAGGUUGACAGCCAGUACACCGACUCGUCCAAGGGCAGCAAGGCCAUCCACUUUGGUGAUCUCGACCAAGGUGCCUACUGUGUUAAGUUGGAGGACGAGAAUGGAAACUAUGUCCAAGGACCAAAGGGUGUCACCAACAAGUUCAACUCGUCAGGCGUCUACUGUUUCAGUCUUGACUCCAAGACCACCAAUGGCAAUGCUAUGACUCACUAUGUCAGAGGAGGAUUCACCGAGGUCAAACCACCACCAAAGUACACGUUGAGUGGUUACUCUUGGAUUGACUCUAACAAGAAUGGUGAGGACAACAAGGGUGAACCGUACCUCAGCGGAAUGGACAUGACUCUUCUCAAAUUGGACAAGGACUCUGGUGAAUUCAAGGAGGUUGACACUCAGACCACCAGUCCAUACUACAAGUUCACAGACCUCGAGCAAGGUGGUUAUUGUCUAAAGGCAAAGGACGCCAGUGGUGGCUAUGAUAUCACCACCAAGGGAAUCACAAGCAAGUUCAACUCCACCGGAUACUACUGCUUCUCCUUGGAUCCAAAGACCACCAAUGGGGACAAGAAGACCCACUAUGCCAAUGCCGGAUUCACAGAAGUCACCCCACCAAAGAAAUAUAAGCUUCGUGGAUACGCCUGGAGUGACACCAACAAGGACGGAACUGAUCAGUCAGGAGAGCCAUACUUGAAUGGAAUGAAGGGCAAACUCACAAAGCUUGACAAGGACACUGGAAGUUACGUUGAUGUGACUGAAUUCACUGUUGGCUCUUCCAACACCGUCAACGAUAUCAAGGUUGAUGACCUUGACCAAGGAUCAUAUUGUGUCACAAUGGAGAAGCCAGCUGGAUACACAUUCGCUCCUAUCGGAACCACCAACAAGUUCAACAGCUCCGGUAUCUACUGUUUCCCAUUGGAUGAGAAGACCACUCCAUCCGGAACAAGGAAUAUCAUCCCUGGAUAUGUCCCCGAAGCCGCCCCCAAGAUCAGUGGAUUCGUCUGGAUUGAUACGAACAAGAAUGGUGCCGAUGACUCUGGAGAGCCAUUCCUUGGUGGAAUCGAUGUCACACUCAGCAAGAAGAAUGCAGAUGGAUCUUUGACUGAGAUCAAGAAGAUUCAAACCCCAUCAAGUGGAGCAUUUGACUUUGGAAAGCAACCAGCAGGUGACUACUGUUUGAACAUCUUUGAUGAUCCAUCCAAUUCAAAGUUCCUUCCAACAACAAUUGGCAAGGAUAGCAAGUUUGACGCAGAUGGAAACUAUUGCUUCACAACCACGUCCGCUGACAUGUUUGUCAAGGCUGGAAUGUACAAGUCCAACUAA